CAUAAUGUCCAAGAAGAAUUCUAAGGUCAUAGAUGCCAGAAAUGGAAAGCACAUAGAGAUGGUUCUCCUUGUUUGCAGAAGCAGAUAUGUGUCCUGUUCAGGUUCACAUGCUGAAUAGUGGCAGAGUGGAAUCUUCCUACUUCUUUGGGGGAAACACUAAGAAUAAAACCAAGUGACUGCUUGACAGUUGGACUUCUUCUCUGUGCAAAGGCACAGGUCGGGGUGGGAAGAUUUGAUGCAUGCUGAAAAAAGAGCAUGGUUUGCACUCCAGUUUUAAUUCUCUAAAGAAGAAAGGAACUCACUGACAUAGGCCGAACUAACCAAUGGCUGGUGAAAACUAUACAAGGAUCACAGCUUCCUCUUCUUGCUCUUCCUUCUUUUUUACCUUGUUACCGUGACCGGAAACCUGGGCAUGAUUUUCCUCAUCCGGGUGGAUUCCCGCCUGCACACACCGAUGUACUUUUUUCUCAGUCACCUGUCCUUUGUGGAUGUCUGCUUUUCAUCCGCGGUUGGCCACAAGAUGCUCAGAGACUUCUUCGCUGAAAGGAAAGCCAUUUCUUUCCUAGGCUGCGCCUUGCAGCAGUGCUUCUUUCUGUUUGUGGCCAUCGAGUGCCUUCUCCUGGCAUCCAUGGCUCAUGACCGCUACGUGGCCAUCUGCAACCCAUCGCUGUAUGCAGUUGUUAUGUCCCACAGACUCUGCAGACAGCUGGUGGUUGGACCCCACGCUGUUGGAUUUCUGAACACCAUGACCCACACAACAGCUGCCUUCCGACUUCCCUUUUGUGGUUCCAACAUUAUCAAUCACUUCUUCUGUGACAUGUCCCCGCUUCUGUCUCUGGUAUGUGCUGACACGUGGAUCAAUAAAUUGCUAGUUUUCAUCGUGGCUGGAGCUGUACUUGUGGUCAGCAGCCUGACUAUAUUAAUCUCCUAUUUUCACAUCCUCAUCUCUAUCCUGAGCAUCCGCUCUGCUCAUGGGAGGCACAGAGCCUUCUCCACGUGCUCUUCCCAUCUCACAGCUGUCUCCAUCUUGUAUGGGACUCUCUUCUUUAUCUACGUGAGGCCAGGCGCAGUUUUCUCUCUGGAUCUUAAUAAAGUGGUGGCAGUGUUCUACACAGCAGUGAUUCCCAUGUUGAAUCCUCUCAUCUACAGUUUGAGAAAUAAAGAAGUGAAAGCUGCUAUGUGCAAGACCAUCGCCAGGAGAAAGUUUUCCCUCAAAAGUUAA